AAUCAGAGAACCUGCUACUGAUGGGUGCGCUGUUGAGUGUUAAUUUGUAAUGCUUGGAUGAUAGGAUUUUAAAACAUUUUUCUUGUAGACAGACUUUCAGACAGAAUGUGGUAUAUCUUCCAUUUGAGCGUGAUUUUUACCAUUCUCCUUUGUGGCGUGUCAGCAGCACCAAAGAAGAAAGUUGUACCAAAGGGAGACAUUUGUUUGGAUAAAUGUGAUUCUAGGAAAUUGCUUUGCUACAAUGACUGCAAAUUUCCAGUUGCCAAAAACAGGACUAUCUUGUUCAAUUGUUUUCGUCGCUGCAAAAGAAAUCACAAGCGCUGCACCCUGGAAUGCGUCGACGAAGGAGGUACGGUAUCUAAGGCAAAAAAUAAAAAUGGUGGCGGUACCGAAAUUGAGGCUGAACGUAAAAAUAAAACAAGAUCUGAUCGAAAACAGAAAACCCGGAAAAACAAAAGUAAAAAGCGGCGAAAGGAAAAGAACAGAGAAGAACCAGAAAAUAACACAGAAAUCAAAUACACUGAACCUUGGUGGAUGGGAGAAAAUAGUGCCCUGGGUUGGCUUUUAGACCUGAUGGAGUUGUGAUCGUGCUGAUGUGGUGCCUGUCUUGUCUUAUGUGUUGACAAAUUUCAUUUUGUAUCCAUAGUGUUAAUGAUCAGGGUGUCAAAAUAUCGUUUUAUGCAUGCCUUCACUAUUAUAGCAGUUUUAGAAUAAAAUUUGAAAAUA